AUCAAGUGAGGGGCCGUAAUGCUAGCUUAACCUGCUGUCCAAGUUAGGAGCCACUGUUCGAGCCAGCAUACAGAGGAUGGACCCCCUUCUACACGCAUGGAUGUAUGACUGCAACUGAAACGUAGUUUGCAAAGAUAAGUGCUAGUAUGAAGGAAAAGAGAAGAGAUGAAGAUGGACUGGUACCUGGAGGUGGCUGAGCACGGUCCACACUGCAGGAAGUAGGGAGACGAAACUGAAUCCCUGCAAGGAGCAAGCAACACCAGUUAGAAAGGACAGAUGCAGCCAAUGAGAAGAAAAGUUUGGAAACGUCGGUGCAGGGAAGUUGGCUCAAGAACAGGACUACAAUAUUCCUCCUGGUGUUUGGUCAUACAUAACCAACACGUUUGUGAUUUUCUGGGCAAAGAAAUCCAGGAGAUAAAUGGAGCGCAAGACACUGUAAAAGGUGGAAGUUGUCAGGCGGGUGACCGUAUCAUCCUCAGGCUGCAGUCUUGACCUGUGUUUGCUCUUCAGUAUGACAGGUGCCAUGAGACAUCACACACCUCCAGACCGUGUGAAGUUGUAACCUGUUUACCUGCGUUCCACCACACCUGCAUUUAAAGCUGCUGCGCAACCGGUUUGUUUCUGCCUGCUUGUCUUUUUGACGCAUUGGAUUUAAAGGAGAAGCGGAGUUGGAUCUUUCUGGGACUCAAGUUAUAGACGCUGCCCGCCUUUCUGUAGCUGUGUGGUGACUAUGGGAUUUCAGGGAAAUAUGAUCAGUGUCCUCCGGUGAAUAUCGCAGACGGGACGCAGAAAAACCGCCGACAGGAGGGUCUAGACAGCCGGUGAAGAAACCCGCCGGCCGGACAGCUGGGGACCAAACUGGAAGACGUCCAGCUGGCAGGUUGAGCAGACGGCAGAGGGCCUCACAAAACAGAGGACGCAGUGAAGGGCGCUGGGGUAGCCUAUCCAUAUACUCACCCCUGCUGGAUCAUGGGUAACCAGACCAGCAGAGAAAACCAUGGCACUACAGGCUCUCCUUUAGAUUUCUUCCACACGCCUCCUACCACGCCCUCAGAGGCAGAGCUGACAGCCAUGGCCUUAUCCUCUGCAGCUUCCUCCAGUAAGGCACAGACACCAUCACCAGCCGGCGGCACCACCCCCUCCACCACCUCUCCACUCGCAGACUGGACACAGAAACCGGCUGCUCCCUCAGAAUGGGCUGUGAUAAGUGUUGACAGCAUCAGCUCAGAGACAAAUGCGAGUGAUGCAGCUGUGAGGCAUGGGAAGGCAGCGGGCAGCCCGGUCAGCCCGGCAUCUCUGCCUCCGUCCAGAGGAUCACCUUCAGAGCAGAGCUGGCAGGAGCGGGACAGUGGACUGGAGCCGCAGGCUGCGGCAGAGAGAGUCGGAGAGGAGAUGACUCUGGUUUUACUCAGUCUGAUGGAGCACUACAGGGCCUCGCUGGGCCUGAGCCCCAACACUGAUGUCACCACAGGAGCAGUCGAGCUGCUCAGGCGUUUGAUAACCGAGAGAGAAGAGCUGGUUGAGGAGGUGGACACGCUGAGGGAGACACUCAGGACGGAGAGGUCGGAGUGGCAUCAGUUCCAGUGUGACCUGCAGGUCGCGGUGUCUGUGGCCGACCGGCUGCGGGUAGAGUCGGAGCAGGCUCUGGGUUUGCUCCAGGAGAGCCACGGGGCUGUGGAGGAGCAGCUGGCUCAGGCCAUCAGCAGACAGCAGGAGACGGACAGAGAGCUGGAGAGUUUGAGAGCCAAGCACAGAGACGUCUGCUGCAAACUGACUGAACUCACAGCGCAGCAGCAGCAGGAGCGAGCCGAGCUGGACGCUCUGAAGAACGCAUGCCGGUUGAAAAAUACAACAGAUUGCAAUGAACAGGAACAGAGACAAGACUCUGAGGAGGGGCAGAGGGAAGAAGCACAGAAGACUGUGGAGGCAAAAACCGAAAGUAAAGCUAAAAAUGUUGAAAAGCAAACAGAGGAGAAUGAAACAAAUCAAAAGGUGGAUCCUCCAGUCAUCCGACAUGAUCCUGAGGAGGCAAAUGGAUCAGAGAGCAUGCAGCUGAGAGGGAAAGGGGUGGCUGAGGGUUAUCUUCGCAGUCUGGCUGCCCUGGAGAAUAAGAAUGAAAGAAGAGAUCCGAGGAAGAUUGUGAUGCUGUCUGAAAGGUCUUGGAGUCUUUCUCGUCUCCCACUGCCAACUGUCUCCUCCGGCGACAAUGGCACCUCAAAAAACACAAGCACAACACUGCCGCUAUGCAAGAAAGAAGAUCCACCAAAACGGAGAAGGCUGGACCGCAUUUUGCAACGGCAGGACAGCUGGUCCAGCUUUUAUACAGGAAAACAGGAUGAGGACCAAAGCUCAGAUUCCAUCAAACCUCAGGAUGGUUUCAGUGCUCUGCUGCGGCGUCACGGCGGCUCCAGAAGAAACUCCCUGCUGCGCUGGUGCCAGAGUCGUACCCAAGGUUAUAAGAAUAUUGAGAUCACAAACUUCAGCAGCAGCUGGGAGGAUGGCUUGGCAUUCUGCGCUGUUUAUCACACUUACUUACCAACUCACAUCCUGUACGACACCCUCAACCCAGCAGAUAAGAAGGAAAAUCUGGAUCUCGCUUUUAAGACUGGAGAGAGUGUGGGAAUCACAGCCACACUGACGGUGGAGGAGAUGCUGAAGGCAGACGGGCCGGACUGGCAGAGGGUCCUGGGUUAUGUCGAAAGCAUUUUUCGUCACUUUGAGAUGUAAAGUUGGUUUCUCGCGUCUCAGUCUCCUGACUUCUUGUUUUUUCCAUCAUUGUAACUAAAGGACUGAAACACCACAAGAGGGAGCUCCAGCACAACGAACUCUCCAGCCAGGAUUUAGACUGUGUCAGUAAUACUCAACUUUCUGACCUGAUUUUAUGUAUCAAUAUGAUGUCCUUCAUACAGAAACAAGCUGAAUGGAAGAAACUAAACCUUGGAGAAUUUUUCUACAUACCAUCUAUUAAGAUCCAAACAGCUGCUGGGUAAUGAUGCACAAUACACAAUAAGAUCUGAUAGUUUUUAAAUCACUACUUAUGCUCAACAGUUACUUUCACAUUUGUUACUGGGUGCACUGGUUUUGCACAGUUUGCCUUUUUUUUAAAAAACAAAACAAAACAUGAGCACUUUAUGAUUCCUGUUAAAUUAUGUUGUAUUUUUAAGGGGAUGAAUUCAGAAUUUGGGGCACUUUAAGUUUUAAUAAUUAUUUUUAAUCGUGAACCUCCCCUUCCCUCGCACAGUGUUAUCAUGUCUGCAUGCACCCAAACCUAAAACCCAUACAACAAAGGAAGGGGGCAGAUUUGAACCCAGAUUUUCUGUACUGGAACAGCGGUGAUCAAACUUCAAACACCACAGUAUCCAUCUGAGAAAAACUGCCUUUGAGGAAAUGUAUAUAUGUAAAUGUCUGUACGUGCAUCAGUAUUUUUAAAAAACUGUUAAACAUAUGAAGAUGUUGUUGCCAAAGCCUUAUUGCAAUAAUAAAGUUAUGUACAGUAUAUUAA